UCAGUCAUCGGCUGGAGCUGGAACAGACUUGGGGAGCCUGGGCGCUGGAGCAGAGUGCUGGAGCAGUGUGGCUGGACAUCUUCCCCCACCCCAUCUCUGUUCAUGUAACUGCAGGGUGGCCACGCGUGACCUCUACAGGCAAGGCCAGGGCAUGAGCCUUCAAGGCAGGCUCUGCAACAUGUGUCAGCUCGACUCCCUGGAAUGACGGACCAGAGGUGGCCCUACUGCCAGGCCCAUGGCUCCGAGCCCAGGGAUGUCCUGCACUCACACCGUGAGAGCUUGGGCUGCCGGUGAAGACCUGCAUGCUGCACGCUCCCCACCACGUGUGUCUCAUCGAGCUCUGCUGACGACAGGCAGCCUCCCCCCCGCCCACACCCCCACACCCACCAGCGCAUCACAGAUCCAAGCAGGACACCUUCCUGGAUGGCUUCAGCCUCAGGUAUUUGUCACCUGCUCUUCGACCAGCACCUCCAUCUGCCUCCACCCGCCCUGCAUCCUGCCCUGCAUCCAGCUUCCAGACUGGACUCCUCCACACAUCCCUACACAUGCUUCUUCUAUAAGAGGAGGCUGUCCUGAUCUAGAGGUGGAUGGAGAAGAGGCAGUCAGAGAACGCGGUAUGAAUGCUGUGACAGCAGACACUAUCUCGUCCCCACAGGCCCCUCUAUGGGCAGUUUCCUACCGUGAGCCUCAGCAUCUUGGCCCAGGGCAGCCCUGGGUGAGGAGGAGCUUCACUCACGGGCAGGGCAGGCCGGGAGCACCAGGGACCCGUGAGCCAUGCUGCGAGGAGAUGCGGAGAGUGCUUCAACUUCUCAGUGCUCAGAGAGGCAAGAAUUUAUGUAAGAAGAUGAUGAAAAGGAACAGGUCACUCAACGACCUAUUGGAUGGAAUAAAUUGGGGAAACCCAGCAGAUGUCACAUUCACCAAGGGAUUUGUGUUGACAUCACCCAUCAUGAGACAGAUGGACAUCUUGUGCUGGACAAUUCGAAGCACCAAGGAGGAUGCAAAGUAUUUCAACUGGAAGCUUGCUCACAGUGUUCAGUUCAGUUCAGUUCGGUCUCUCAGUCUUGUCUGACUCUUUGUGACCCCAUGGACUGCCACACGCCAGGCUUCCCUGUCAAUCAUCAAUUCCCGGGGUUUACUCAAACUCAUGUCCAUUGAGUCGGUGAUGGCAUCCAACCAUCUCACCGUCUGUUGCCCCCUUCUCCUCCCACCUUCAAUCUUUCCCAGCAUCAGGGUCUUUUCAAAAGAGUCAGCUCUUUGCAUCAGGUGGCCAAAGUACUGGAGUUUCAGCUACAACAUCAGUCCUUCCAAUGAACGCCCAGGACUGAUCUCCUUUGUGAUGGACUGGUUGGAUCUCCUUGCAGUCCAAGGGACUCUCAAGAGUC